CAACCGGAGUAGGAAAAAGUUUGAUCUUUUUUAGUUUGUGAUUUGAGAUAAUUCCCAAAGCUUUGAGAUAGAAAUGGCUCCAGCAGUGACGGUAUUUGGAUCACCAACAUCCUCCGAGGUUGCCAGGGUCCUAACAUGCCUUUUCGAGAAAAAUGUAGAGUUCCGGCUCGUCCGUGCUGACUCCUUCAAGGGUCAGAAGAGGCAGCCAGAUUAUCUCAAGCUACAGCCAUGCGGUCAAGCCCUCACGUUCGUGGACGAGGGCUUAACUAUGGUUGAUUCGAGGGCAAUAAUCAGACACAUUGGAGAGAAAUAUGCAGACAAAGGGACCAAGAGCCUCGUAGGUUCCGGGACACUAGAGAGAGCAUCAAUCGAGCAAUGGCUUCUAAACGAAGCACAAAUUUUCGACCCUCCAAGCUCUGCACUUAUAUUUCACUUGGCAUUCGCUCCGUUUGCUGGAGUGGAAGAAGAUGAGGAACUGGUCGAGCAGAGUGAGAAGAAGCUUAUAAAUGUGCUCGACGUUUACGAGAAAAGGCUCGGACACAGUGCAUACUUGGCUGGGAACAGCUUCUCGCUCGCUGAUCUCUCUCACCUCCCCAAUGCACACAAGCUUAUGAAGAUACCAAGGUGUAGAUCAAUGUUUGAGUCGAAGGGGAGGGUUAUGAAGUGGUGGGAUAUGAUAUCGAGCAGGACUUCGUGGAGGAAGGUGGUGGAGAUGCAGAAGGAGCCGCCGAUGAGGGUCCUGUCACUGUGAGAGCAUUGUAAUUGAUUGUGUUGUUUGGGUUUGUUGAUUGUGUUGUUUGGGUUUGUUGAUGUAUUUUUUGUUUCUGCUUUCUUCUUGUUGUGUGAAGUCUGUGUCGUUUGUUUGAAUAAGGUCGAGGAGGUCAUUUAUAUCAUGUAGGAUGGUUGACACUGACUUCCUCUGAAAUAAGUGAUGUUAAAUGUUGGAAUCAUAGGUGGUUCUUUUGAAAAUUUGUGUGUAUUAAUUCCUUGAAUAAGAGGUUUUUUUAUUCAGUC